GGCCGCGUUGGCUACAUUAGUGUGUAGACAGCACGUUAGAGGUAACAGGUUCUCAGUGCUUCUCGGCUGCCUUGCCACUUGAAUGAGACGCUCCUAACACUGCCUGAGAGGGAAAGUUUUGUACAUGACAAGAGCGGCGUGUGUUGUUGGUGUCAGCGACAAGUGUUCCCAUGCUUGUGUACGUAUAUAUCCUUGCUCCCUGGCUCGCCCUGCUCUUGUAUCUCUGCUUCGUCCUGCUAGACGAUUAAGUGCGCGAACACACUCAACCAGCAGUGUCGUAAACAAGUGAGGCAAGAGUGUGUGUAGAGGCAGCGUGAGAGCCAUACAGUCCAGCGUGGUUCCAGUAGCGACUUAAGCUCUCCCCCCAAGUGUGAGGGGGCGGGGCGCCCCGGCGCUGGUGUUGAGUGAGGCUGCGUAUCGAUCCUCCGUGCCGCCAUCGCCGCGGCUACAGCUCGCUAGUGUCUAUCGCGGCCCCACACCCGCGGGCCGCGCUGAAUACCCAUCAUGAUUUGGGCAUCGUCCUAAUGUCCCCUGCACCAAAGGUAUAACCUAAAGUAACCCUACUACGUCAAGCUACUACUCUACAGUGCUACAACACACCCCAUACCCCGGAUACCUAGUGGUGCAGUGUCAAGUGUUGGAGGUGAAAGUGAAAGAAUAGGUGUGAGCUGCUUCAAGAGUACCAUGUCGGUAAUGAUGGGUUACAAUGGUGGUGGGCCCAGCGGUGGAGGAGGAGGUUCUGGAGGGCCAUCUAGGGACAUACUCUACCAAGAUACAGAAUGUCUGCCACCCUAUCAAGAUACUGGUUGUGGACUUCCACCAUACCAAGAGGCAGGCUGCGGCCUGCCAGCCUACCAGGAGGCAGGCUGUGGCUUACCAACCUACCAGGAAGCAGGCUGUGGCCUACCAUCACACGGGUUGACCAGCAGAGACCCACCUAGCCAUGAUCUGGCCCACGGGUUAGACUACAGCAGCGACGUUGAUUCCUCUCACCUGCCCUACACUCCGGAACCUGAGCCGCCCCUGGAGUUUCCCUGUGGACCAGAGUAUAACCUCACCAACAACAAUGGUGAUGCGGGCGGCGGGGUGGGCGGCGAGGGCCGCCCUCGUAGGCGCCGCCGCACGCCACCCAAAGCCAAGAUCGACAUCAAUGACAACUCCUUAUACUCUGUGUACUGCUUCUUCAAGAGCCUCUUAAGGUAAUGUCACUUGUGAGUGUGUGAGAGUAGGU